AUGGAAGUCCCCUCGCGACGCCAAUUUGGACUGCCAUGUGCUCUGCGCUUCUUCAGCGUGCUUCUCGUGCUUGGCCUUACGCUGCGGCAAGACGAAGACAUUGAGUCGCUGACGGCAGACCAGAACGCACUGGAACAUCGGAAGAGCCGGAAACAGCAUGGAGCGCGAAGAUUGAUCGAUGCAAACUGCAAGCAUCCUCCGAAGAUGGCCAGCGACAAGGAGCAGGAGGCGAUCAGAAGUAAGUGUGGCAGCUGUGCAGCGCCAGACUUGGGGUGCAUGGCAAACUGUACAUUCAACGUUCGAGUGCAGCACUACAAGUCUGGCUUGGAAGAGAUCGCAACUAUGGAGAAUUUAACUUCGCUUGAAGAAUGCCUUGUUCAAAUCGAGCUCCCCAUACAGACCGAGUCCGGGGAAACAAAGGAGGUCAGACAGUUCCGCAGCUUCGUGUUGAAAGCAUGCCUAAAAGAGGAAGUCCAUGCAGAUUUCGAGGCAGAUAUGGAGGAAGAGAUUUGCGAUGGGGUGCCUGGGAAGGGCAAUGUGGACUUCGACUGCUUGGUAAUGAUCACGCCAAAGCCUGACGAACUUCGCAUGAAGAAACAGCAGGCCGCCGCGGAAAUUGCGGAGGAGCGCAGCAUCGACGUGGCCAGGGUCUUGGGAGAUCAGCGAAUCGAGGAUUUGACCAGGGAUAUCACCACGGCCGGCAGGUGUAGCGCGAUGAAGCCCGAUGUGGAAAACUGGCAGUAUGAGCGGCAGAUCCGGGACAUCUCUGCAACGGAGGCCGCGAUUGAUGACAUGCUCUCGCCUUUGGAGGGAUGGCAAAGAACAGGCGCGGCGUUGGUGAGUGGCAUGGUCCUGAUCUUUGGGUUUGUGGUCGCUGUGCCGCGCUACGUGCUCUCCACGGCGCUGAAGGCACCGACUCUGUUGGCGGGGGUGCUUGCUUUCUACCUCGCUUGCGCGGUAUUGCCAAGUGGUAUUCUUGGUGAUCUGAUCAUGAUAGCAGCCGAGGCGGUGCUCUUCCGCGUCAUCUUGCAGGUCUUGCUGCGGGAUCGGGACUUGAUCCUGGCAGAGAGCAUCAAAAAAGUUUGCCAGAAGAAGGAUAGCGGUUCAGUCGUGGCCGUGCUCGGUGCCGCUCACUGCAACGGUGUGCGGAGGCUGCUGCUGGAGGGCUUGCCGGAGAAGCAGCUGAGCGACGAUGUGAAAGAUGCUGAAGUCCCUGAAGCCGAGCCUGUAAACGUCUCCUGA